UUCCUGGCGGGAAUCCUGAAGCUCUUUGGUUUCUGGUUUUUCACCAGCGCGGGAGUUUCUGCAUUCACAUAAAGAGGACGUACUGUCAAUAUUUUGAACAAUGCCUUGUGAACGAAAGCCUAUGCGUUAUGGCCACUCAGAAGGACAGACUGAUGUUUGCUUCGAUGACACUGGAAACUUUAUAGUCACCUGUGGAAGUGAUGGCGACGUGAGGAUAUGGGAGAGUCUGGAUGACGAUGAUCCCAAGUCCAUUAGCGUUGGAGAGAAGGCGUAUUCCUGUGCCUUGAAGAACGGGAAGCUGGUCACAGCCGCCGCCAACAACACAGUGCAGAUGCACACGUUCCCUGAGGGUGAACCGGACGGCAUCCUCACCCGCUUCACCACCAACGCCACCCAUGUGGCCUACAACAGCAGUGGCUCCAGAGUCGCUGCCGGGUCCAGUGACUUCAUGGUGAAGGUAGUCGAGGUGUCCGACAGCAGUCAGCAGAAGACACUGCGUGGACACAACGCCCCUGUCCUCAGUGUUACCUUUGACCCCAAAGAUGAGUUCCUGGCCUCUGCCAGCUGUGAUGGGUCUGUAGUUGUCUGGAAAAUUGAGGAACAGACUCAGGUGAUCAGCUGGCCACUGCUGCAGAAGUCCAAUGAUGUCACCAACUCCAAGUCCUUGUGCCGACUGGCCUGGCAGCCCAGAGUCGCUAAGCUCCUGGCCGUUCCAGUGGAGACGACGGUGCAGCUCUACCAGAGAGACUCAUGGGCUCUUGUGAGCACGCUCUCUGAUGACCUUGGAACCCAGCCGAUCAACGUCGUGGCCUGGUCGCCCUGUGGGAAGUUCCUGGCCACCGGUAGCAUUGGGGGUUUGCUGACGGUGUGGGACGUGGAGGGCAAGCUGUGUGUGGACAGGCAGAAACAUGAAAAGGGCUACACUGUAUGCGGACUAGCCUGGCAUCCUUCAGGCACUCAAAUCGCCUACACCGACACAGAGGGCUGUCUGGGAUUGCUAGACGGGCUCUCUUCAUCCUCCUCUUCCUCCACCAUGGCUAUUAAGAGCACCAAGCCGGCUCCAGAGAGCUACGACGACCUUUUUGAUGAUAAUGACGAUGACCGACCCAUGGACGAGGGGGUCAGUGAAUCCGGCUCACCGGCCAAGAACCUUGUCGCUUUGGACGACGAAGAUGAUGACGAUCUCGUGCCCGCCACUGGGAGAGCAAGGAACAGGAGUGCCUUCCUGGAUGACGAGAACUCACUUGACCCAGGCUCCCUCAAGCUUGGGCUGGAUAAGCUUGGUAACUAUGAAGAUGAUGCAGGCAGCGCCAUAGUUCUCCCAGCAGCCUCGGCGGCUCCGCUCCAUCCCGUCUAUGAGGGGCCCAUGCCCACCCCGCACCAGAAGGCCUUCCAGCCAGGCUCCACCCCGGCACACCUCAUGCAUCGCUUCAUGAUGUGGAACUCGGUGGGCAUCGUGCGAGGCUACAACGACGAACGGGACAACGCUGUCGACGUGGAGUUCCAUGACACGGCCAUCCACCACGCCAUGCACCUCACCAACUCCCUGGGCCACACUCUGGCGGACCUCUCCCAUGAGGCCGUACUCCUGGCAUGUCCCAGCACCGACGAGCUCGCCAGCAAGCUCCAGUGCCUUCACUUCUCAUCUUGGGACACCAACAAGGAGUGGAUGGUGGACCUGCCUAAAGGGGAGGAUGUGCGGGCGGUGUGUCUGGGCCAGGGCUGGGCAGCGGCCGCCACCAGCGCCCUCAUGCUGCGCCUUUUCUCCAUCGGGGGGGUGCAGAGGGAACUCUUCAGCCUGCCCGGACCUGUAGUCUGCAUGGCCGGCUAUGGGGAGCAACUCCUUAUCGUCUACCACCGAGGCACGGGGUUUGACGGCGACCAGGCCCUUGGAGUCCAGCUGCUGCUGUUUGGACGCAACAGGCAACAGGUCAUCCAGGGGGAGCCCCUCCCCAUCUCCCGCCGGUCCCACCUGUCAUGGCUGGGCUUCACAGCUGAAGGCACCCCGUGCUUCAUCGACUCUGAGGGGGUGGUGCGCCUGCUGAAUCGCUCACUGGGAAACACGUGGACGCCCGUGUGUAACACCAGAGACCACUGCAAGGGCAAGUCAGACCACUACUGGGUGGUGGGCGUGCAUGAGAACCCCCAGCAGCUCAGGUGCAUCCCAUGUAAAGGCUCCCGGUACCCACCCACGCUUCCCAGGCCUGCUGUGGCUGUCCUGCCCUUCAAACUGCCCCUAUGUCAGACCACCACUGAGAAGGGCCAGAUGGAGGAGCAGUACUGGCGCUCGGUUCUCCUCCAGAACCACUUUGGCUUUCUGUCUUCCAGUGGCUACGAGAUAGAUGAGGAGGCCCAGAGUCGAGCCCAGAAAGAACAGCAGGAGCUGCUGAUGAAAAUGUUCGCUCUGUCCUGUAAACUGGAGCGGGAGUUCCGCUGCGUGGAGCUGGCCGAGCUGAUGACCCAGAAUGUGGUGACACUGGCCAUCCGCUACGCCUCGCGCUCCCGCCGCAUGGCCCUGGCCCAGCGCCUCAGCGAACUGGCCCUGGAGAAGGCCAAUCAGCUGCAGGGGCCAGAGGAAGAGGAGGAGCCACUCCAGUACACCAGACGGAACACUGGGAGCCAGAGACAAACUCAGGACGAAGAGGUGCAUGAAGAGGAAGAGGAGGGUCAGGACGAACAGAUGGAUGAAGGAGAUGCAGCAGAGAACAGAAGACAGCGCCUAAAUCCCUUCGCUAAAGGGUCUCCUGCAUCACCUGACAAACCUUCCCCUAAACCUGUAAAUAAAGAGGGACGCGUAAACCCUUUCAAGGUGAGCGGUGGAACAGGCAGGUCGUCGGCAGGGGGUCAACCCAGGGCAACCAAUGUCCUGGACAGCAUGACAUCAUCCAGCAGGAAGCCCACCGUCCUGCUGGGCAGCUCUGUCUCUGCGGGGAAACUGAGUAAAACACCCGUCCUCAAGCCUCUGGCUCCCAGACCCAAGAGCAAGACCCAGUCUACACUGCUGAACAUGAGUGCCUCUAAAGCGGCUAACAAGAAACCGGCAGAAGAGCGGGAGCCGGCAGUGGAUAGGUUGAAACCGACAGAGGCACUGCCUCCAGCCUCACCCGCAGAUAAUGUUGAGAACACAAAGCCCAAAACUGGUUUCCAGCUCUGGCUGGAGGAGAACAGGAAGUCUAUCCUGGCUGAUAAUCCAGAUCUGGAGGAGACUGAUGUCAUCAAGGAGGCCAUGGGUCGCUUCAGGAACCUGUCUGCGGGAGAUCGGCUGUCCUGGACAGAGCGUGCAAAGGGAGAUGAGGGGGAUCUGAAAAAACGAAAGAGAGCAGAAGAGAGCCAGGGAGAUGACAACGGACAGAACCAUUCCGAUGAGAACAGUGCAAAAAAGAAAAAGCCCUUGGACACCUCAGCCAAGCUCUCAGCAUUUGCCUUCAGCAAAAAUUAAACAUGACUACAUGUUGAAGUGAUUUAUGCAUUUUGCUCCAUGUGUUUUAAAGUUCUGCGUCACCUAUUGUAUAAUGCUUUGCAGAUUGGUUCUGUGUAUGUUGACAUUUAGUAUUAGGUUUUAUAAUAUUUUAUCAGAAUAUGACUUCAGUAUCAAAUGUUUCCUGACCAUCUCGUUAGAACAGUUUGGUAUGCUUGUGUUACAGCCCUGUCAGUGAAUCAUUUAUUUUUUAGUUUGUUACCAGAGGUUGGUGGCAUUUCAUAGAUCGCAUGAAACUGAAAUAUACGGAGUACUUAAAGCUUUGUCAAAUAUAGAAGAUGAAGAGAGCAACUUAGGAGCAUGUGUAAAUGUUAUCCCAUGAAUGUCCUUUUCAACAUGUUCCUGUUCUUGUAA